CAGUCACAGCGACUAAGAUUAAACGUCUCUGUGAAGUUGUUACUUGAAAAAGUUAUGUUCUUCAUAACAAGAGAAAAGUUUAGUGGCUGGAUUUUCAAGAAUUUAAUGAUCCUUCUGAUUUUCCUACAAGCCUCCCUGUAUUCCUUUGCAAUGGGACAAAAUGUUUUUGAGGUAGCAGAAUCAGUUGUGCUGCCAUGCAAGUACUCAGGUAAUUUGCCAGAGCGAAACCGUUCAGUGAUCUGGAGACGCUAUGAUCUCAAACCACAAACAGUCCAUCUGCGGAGAGAAGAAGAUGAUCUUCGAGAACAAAAUCAACGUUUCAGUGGACGAACAUCAAUGAAAUCUGAUGCUUUAGAUUCUCUUGACUUCAGCCUCACCCUGAGAAAACCUCACCUCUCCGACAGUGGAACCUACACCUGCAUCCUCAGUAAUGACAGAAAAGAGAUCAGAGUGACAGAUGUUCAACUGCAGGUCAAAGUUCAACAGGUUGAGGUAACGGUGCAGGAGGGAGUGGAGUCUGCAGUUCUGCCCUGUAAAACAACAGCUUACAUUGAGGAGGACGACACUGUGGAGUGGACCCGCUCUGAACCAGAAUUCAUGAUUGUCUAUGUGUAUCAGAAUGGCAGCAACAAAGCUAAAGAACAAGACAAGUUUUACUGUGAACGUACAAGAAUGAAUAAAGAGCAAGUAAAAAGUGGAGACCUCAGUCUGAGCAUCAAAUACCCCACAGAGAGAGAUGUUGGAGUCUACAUCUGCACCAUCUACAGGAAAAGUGACGUCGUCAGACAGAAAGUUAUUCUUCAUUUUGUCAAAGAGACAUUUCCGUCAUGGGCCAAAGGUUUCCUGGUUCUUCUCGUCUUUCUUCUUGUUUUUGGAGGCUUUCUCUUUCACUUCCGGCAAUAUCUCCAGUCAGUCUACAAAGUGGAGGUGGAUUCAGGAAUGGAGUUUGUUACGCUGCCCUGUAAAACCAUCGUUCGUCUCCCUGAAGACAUAAUAGUAACAUGGAGAAAUAACACCAGCCGAUUAGUCCACAUGUAUGAGUCCAUUUCCAAAGAGCUUGAAGAGCAGCACAAGCAGUACAAGAAACGAACUGAGAUGAAGGGAAAUGUAAAAUAUGGAGACUUCAGUUUGAUCCUGAAGAACCCGACAGACAGAGAUACAGACACCUACACCUGCACCAUCUCCAACAAAUGGGGGAAGGUCUUGAUCAAGAAACAAGUGCUGCUUGAUGUCAAAGCUGGUCCUGACUCUCUCAUCAUAUCCAUAGACUUUGGUUCAGCAUUCAGUGGCUAUGCCUUCAAUGCUAAACCCAGAGAGGAAGGAGGUGAGACCCAGAUAAAGAGAUGGGGUAAUGAACUUGGACUAGACACCCCAAAGACUCCAACCUGCAUCCUGUUUGAUGAACAUGAAGAAUUUCUGAAGUUUGGUUAUGAAGCUAAAACAGCAUUCACCAAUAUGAGAGAAGAAGAAGCUGGGAAACAUUACUUCUUUGAAAAUUUUAAGACGGCUCUUGAUUGCAGCGUAAGUUGAAAAAAGAUCAGGGACCUCAUGUAUAAAGUGUGUGUAUGCACAAAAAAUGUGCAGCCCAUUUUAUAUGCACAAGACGGCAGGUAUAAAAAUGAAUGUCAUGUGAAAGUUUGUGUAAAUAUAUGCAAACAUUUUACCUAAC